AUGUAUCCAAAGGCUGAUGAAGGGAUCCCUGUUUUUCACCUCCUCCCCAGGCGGGACGGACCCAAAUCAGGCGCGUGGCCGCCGGGCCGCCCCCCGCCGCGGGAGGCCGGCGCGACGCCGCACCCAGCCACUGCCGCGCUGCACCCGGCCGCCGCCACCCCGGCGAGGGAGGCUGGCCCCGCGCCGAACCCGGCCGCCGCGGCGCCGCAUCCGGCCGUCGGCCGUGGUGCUUGGCCGCUGGGCGCCGCCACGCCGCGAGGAAGGUCGCCGCCGCCCGGCGCGAGGGAGGAGAGCCGCCACGAGCUGGGAGAAAGGCCGCCGCCGCGAGGGAGGCAGGAGGCCGCGAGGGAGGCGUCGACGUCCCCGGUAGGUCAUGGCGGUGACAAGUCUGUUGGCCUCCUGGCUGCCUCCCGCAGCAGGCGCCCAUGGAAAAGCGCCGCGGCCAGCGGCCGGAUGCGGCGCGGCGGCGGCCGGGUUCGACGCGGGGUCAGCCUCCUCCCUCGCGGGGUGGCGGCGGCCGGGUGCGGCGCCACGCUGGCCUCCCGUGGCGGGCACCCGACAGCCCGGAGCCUCGAUGGGGGCGGGCCGGCGGCCAGGCAUAGUGGGCGGCCUCCCAGCUGCCUCGCGGUUGUGGCCGAGCGCGGGAGAGACGAGCGAAGCGAUGCGAGCGCGAGCGCGAGAUUUGGGUUCCGUCCUGCCGGGGAGGAGGUGAAAAAUGGGGACCGCUUCGUGAGCCAUUAG